UGGAAUAUGUGUUAACACUUGUUAUUCGGUGCAAAUCCUUCCCCAGUCCCGUGCAUCGGUUAAGAAAAAAGUCCUUUUAAAGUUAAUAAGUUUUUUUUGUAAAACGGACGGCUUGCUGGCCGCGCGACCCUUCCACUCAGCUCCGCCUGUGAGCUGCAGCGCGUAGCCGAUCCUGGGCGUACGGGAGCGGCUCACCGGCCUGCCCCCUGCCCUCCCCUCUCCGCGGACCGGGGCUGGGUCUCCUCCUAUUGGCUCCUGGGAGAAACGCCACUUGCAACAGGAGUACCGCCUUUACAGCUGAUCGACUCCGACCGGAAUAAGUUAUCUCAUGCGUGUGACGGCGCUGGCCUUUAAUUUAAUGUUUAAAGUCGAUAUAAAAAUGCUCGUGGGUUGUUUAGGAAACUUGAAAAAUCGGGGAUGUUGUAAUGCAAAUACAGUUUUCUUAAAAACAAAGAAUUGCUUCCGCAGAAUGUUACGUCUUCGCGGAGGAUGUGUCGUGAUUGGUGGCGUAACUGAACCCCAACUUUGGAUCUAACGGGAUCGCGAAGCAAUAGGAACCCUAAAGCGAUGAGUCCGCGAUUCUCAUCGGACGUAUUUACACGACGGACGGGGCCAGGCGUAGCGUAAGCUGAUGCUGCGAUUCGAAGACGGCAUUUUAUUAUACUAAUAAUUAUUAUUAUUUAAUCAUUGGUCAAAAUGCUUUAGUGAAAAACAAAGCCAAAGAACGAUAACAGUUUUACUAGGGAUCGCAUCACAGAAAGCUGAAGAAUGCCGAAUGCAACCACACGGCCGAAGAGGGUGAGGCGAAGCAGACGGACACCCAGGGAUGAUGAUGCCAGAAACGAGCUGGUAUGGAGGUCCCUGGAAAGUGCUCAGCAAUGUCUUCUCAACCAGGACUAUGGGACUGCGUUUGUCCACUAUCUGCUGGCGCUGAACCUGGCGCCGGGUCUGAAGGACUAUGCGAGGGAGUCCUUCCGGGUCACCCUCUUCAAAUGGACAGAAGAACUGGACUCCCUUGGCCGCGUCCAGGACCUCUUUGACUGCUAUGAACAAGCCCUGGAGCUCUUUCCAGUCGAUGAGGUCAUCGUCAACAGCAUGGGAGAGCACCUCUUCAGAAUGGGCUUCCGGGACGAGGCGGCGGGCCACUUCCACAAGGCUCUGAAGCUGAGACCCGACUUUGCAGAGGCCAAGGAGAACUUCUACCGGGCGGCCAACUGGCUGGUAGAGCGCUGGCACUUCCUGAUGCUGAAUGACCGGCGGAGGAACCAGAAAUACCGGCAGGCCAUCCAGAAGGCUGUGGAGUCCGGCUGCAGCACGGUGCUCGACAUUGGCACCGGCACGGGAAUCCUCGGGAUGUGUGCGAAGCAGGCGGGGGCUGCCAGGGUGUAUGCCUGCGAGCUGUCGAAGACGAUGUACGAGCUGGCCUGCGAAGUGGUCUCCGCCAAUGGGAUGAACGGGACCAUAAAGAUCCUGCACAAGAAGUCUUUAGAAAUGGAAGUCCCUAAAGACAUCCCUGAAAGGGUCUCGCUGGUGGUGACGGAGACGGUGGAUGCGGGGCUGUUCGGAGAAGGGAUCGUGGAAAGUCUGACCCACGCCUGGAAGCAUCUGCUGUUGCCCCCCCAGAACCCGCAGGACCCGUACAGCAGCCCGGCGCUGACUGGUCGGGUCAUCCCCGCAGGCGCCACGGUUUUCGGGAUGGCUCUGGAGUGCUCAGAGAUCCGCAGGCACCACCGGGUGUGUGUGCUGGAGGCAGGGGGGCUGUCCCUGUGCGCGAUGGGAGGAGUCCACAGCCCCGUGAGCUGCUCCCUGGAUGCCGAUGAUUCCACGGAGCCGUACACCACCGAACGCCUCAGCCAGGUGCCUGGCGGCUACGCGGCCCUGACCGAGCCCUUCCGGGCGCUGGACAUCGACUUCAACAGCGUGCAGGAGCUGGAGGGUCUGUGCUCCCGCGAGGGCAGCCGCUUCCGCCUGCCGGUCACUCGGGACGGCAUGUUGGACGCCCUGGCCAUGUGGUUCGAGCUGCACCUGGACAAGGAGACCAGCCUGUCCACGGGGCCGCAGGAGGACACCUGCUGGGAGCAGGCCAUCUACCCCGUGCAGCACCUCAGUGAAUGCUCCCUGAAAGCCGGUGACGAGUUGCUGGUGGAGGUCUCCUGCAAGGAUUCCUGCCUGAGGAUUCACGCCAUCGCCGUGGUGAGGGACGGCCUCGUGACCAGCCUGGAUGACUCGGCGUCGGGUCCCGUCUGUGGCCAGACCCUGGGCACGGAGGCCGAGCUGUGCAGCGCCCUGGCUUCCCUCCAGACCGGCCGGAGCGGGUCCCAACACGCGUGCGUGCUGGAGAGCUCAGAGAUAGCCAUGAUCAAUAACGUGCAGUACCACGAGAGCUACAGCAGGGCGCUGGAGAAGUUACUGCGGGCGCUGAGAGCCAGUCGGGGGCCACAGGGCGGCGAGGGCGCCGAGCCCAACCCGCUCUACGUGCUGGACGUCUCCGAAGGCUUCUCGGCGCUGCCGCUGAUGGUUGGCCGCCAGGCCUCGGUGAAGGCGUACAGCUCCGUGGAGAAGCAGCGUCAUCAGACCCUGCUGAGGAGGCUGGCCAAGGAGAACGGGCUGCGGCCAGACUCGUUGGAGUUCUGGCUGUGUCGCGCCGGCGAGGACAACCGGGACGCCGCCUCCGCUGCCCCCAGUGAUUCCGGCACCACCAUGCUGCAGCGGCCGUCCUCAGAGCAGCUCUGGAGCGCCAUUGUGCUGGACUGCGUGGAGAUCUGUGGCCUCCUCCGGCAGAAGCUGAUGGAGAAAGCCACCCUGGCCAGGUGCCUUCUGGAGGAUGGGGGACGGAUCUUUCCGGAACGCAUCGUGAUGUACGGGCAGCUGGUGGAGUCGGAUGCCUUGCUGCAGGAGAGCGCCGUGCAGGGCCGUGAGCUGACACUGGGCUUUGACAUCGCGCCCUUCAUCAACCAGUUCACGGUCCCCGUACAUGUGUUUCUGGACCUGUCCACUCUCUGCUGCAAGCACCUGAGUGAGCCCACAGAGCUGUUUGUACUCGACCUCAUGAACUCCAGUGCGAACCAUACAAGCCAGGAGGUGAAGGUAUGUACCACCUCCGCAGGCAGGCUGACCGCUAUCCCAUUCUGGUACCAGCUCCACCUGGACGAGGAGAUCAGCAUAAGCACGUUCAGCGCGUGUUCUCACUGGAAACAAGCUGCUGUGGUCCUGCAGCAGCCCGUGGAGGUGAGCGCGGGGGAAGUGGUGUGCCUGAGCAUAAAAGUCCACAAGAACAGCCUGUCCAUCACAGCGAGGAAGGGGGAGGAGCCAACCACAGACCCCACCCACCCCAACAGUUAAGCUACCACUUCAGUGUUGAAGGACCAACGCCAGGGCACUGCUAGUAUGUCAAAUGGUGCAAGAAACGUCUCUGAUCAUGUUGGUAAAAAGUUGCCAAAUGUAUAGUUUGAUAUGUGCGCACUUCACCAGAGAAAUAAAAUAGUAUACGGAAGAAAAAGACUUUUCCUGUAAUGUAUAGAGCACAUCCAAGUGAACUACGUUAGAUAACGUAUAAUGUGUAAAAUCUGAUUUUUCUGUACUUUUGGGAGGGCGUGUACUGUAGGAAUUCUGCAAUAUAAGCAGUGUUUGAAUAGCAAUACAUUUAACCAGCCAUCUAUGAUGUAGCUGUAGUAAUGGAAAAUGGAAAUAGGCAGGAUUUAAAUGAAUGAUGUACAAAAUGACACUUCAUGAA